CGGGGUCAAUAAGUGACGUCACGCAGCGUUGACAUCACCAACAUUAGAAAAUUUUACACAUCGCAAAAUGUCGUACGCCUAUCUGUUCAAGUAUAUUAUUAUUGGGGAUACAGGUGUGGGUAAAUCCUGUCUAUUGUUACAGUUUACAGAUAAAAGAUUUCAACCUGUUCAUGAUCUUACUAUAGGUGUAGAAUUUGGUGCACGUAUGAUCACAAUCGAUGGAAAACAGAUCAAAUUACAGAUUUGGGAUACAGCCGGUCAGGAAUCAUUUAGAUCUAUCACCAGAUCAUAUUAUAGAGGUGCUGCUGGGGCUUUGUUAGUUUAUGAUAUUACUCGACGAGAUACAUUUAAUCAUUUAACAACCUGGUUAGAAGAUGCUCGUCAACAUUCUAAUUCUAAUAUGGUUAUAAUGCUUAUAGGUAACAAAAGUGAUCUAGAAGCCAGAAGAGAAGUUAAAAAAGAAGAAGGUGAAGCUUUUGCCAGGGAACAUGGAUUAAUAUUUAUGGAAACUUCUGCUAAAACAGCUGCAAAUGUAGAAGAAGCUUUUAUUAACACAGCAAAAGAAAUCUAUCAAAAAAUCCAAGAUGGUGUCUUUGAUAUAAAUAAUGAGGCAAAUGGUAUAAAGAUUGGCCCCCAACAUUCACCUGCCAACGCGAACCUUACAUCGCCAGGAGGUGGUGGCAGUCAAGGUGGAGGAUGCUGUUGAUUGGAUAAUAAUCUUAGGGUAUUUAUCAGUGAAGGGCAAAUAACUCUGUCUUUGUGAUGAUGCUGAUGAUGUCAUUAACAGAGAUGAAAUAAGACCUUUCCUCAGAGAAAAAAAAAAUGCACUUUGACUGACAAAUUUGAUGUACCACAUACAAAAAAAAUUACGUAAAAAAAGCCAGAAAAAAAAAUUAUAAAAAAUUAUUUAAUAUAAUUAUUAAUCAUUAUGUAUACAUAUUGUAAAAUUAUAAUAAAUAGACAAAUUUCUAUCUGUCUGUCUGUCAUUCCAUACUUCACUUUCUGUUUAUUAGUUUUAAAGACUUGAAGACAAACCAAAAACAUGUAUAUGUCAUUGUUUAUUUCCUUAAAAUCCAUUUGCACUCAUCAGAGAAACUGCAAUCUGAUUAACACGCGGAUCCUAUUUCGUUUCAUUUUUUAUAGUUCUAAAUUUCGUUUGACUUGUCUUCACAACACUUGGGUCUGGAAGAGUUGUUAUAUAACAUGCGUUCUGGUUGAAGUGAGGGAUUAGUCAAUGAAACUAUCUGUUACGGCAAGUUCUUGGCGUCCAUUAGAAACGUCAACGCUGAUUGAUUAAUCAAUGUCUGAUGUCAUAGGGUCAAAAGCCGUUGGUACGACCGUUGACGUGACCAUCCACUAGAACCGGUCAGAUCUUUAUGUAGUAGAGGCCAUCGAAAGUAUAAAAAAAAAGAAACAAAAUAUAGAUGUAUAUUUUAAUCAGAUUGGAGAAAGUGUUAUUGGUAGAACAAUGUUUAGAACACCGUGCCAAUUUGUAAUACAGUUGAGAAUCUGGAUCUUUAGGAAACAUCCUAGUGAAUAAUUAAAAAUAAAAUUAAAAUAAUCCCUUGUAAAAAAAAUUAAUGUGACUUUUCGAUCGAAAGAAUUCUAAAAAAAAUUGUAAAAAUAUUUGUUAUUGCCUGUGAUUAUCUCCCAGUUAGAUAACUGUUGCCCUCUAAUUUUAAAAGCCGGAUAAAGUCAGUGGUUUUAUUUUAAGUACAUAGUGAUGGCGCACGAAGCAGUGUAUGCUUACUGUUAACACCCUCCGUCUAGUACACAUAUUAUUACACUAUUAUUAUGUGGAAACGUUAUAUUAAUAGCGUCCGUGAAACUGACUGUAAAGUCACAUUAAUAGCGCCUGUGAAACGGACUGUAAAGUUAUAUUAAACUGACUGUAUAAAGGUUAUAUUAAAAGCGCCCGUGAGGCUGACUGUAAAGUUAUAUUAAACUGACUGUAAAGUUAUAUUAAACUGACUAUAUCUGGUGUUUAGAACAAGAGAGUAAUAUUAUAUUAACUAGGGUUAUAAUAAUAUAAUGUAUUAUAUAAAGUCUGGAUGUAAAUAUUGAUAUUGUUAUAUAUCAUCAUUAUCUUGUAUCUCUCAGUUUUAACUCACAUGCUUGUAUAUUCACUAUGUUAGCAUUGUUCAAUAAGUCGAUUGCCUCCCUUGUUUUCAUAAAACACACCUAUGGAAGGAAGCAGAUAAACAUGGAAGUCGUCUCGACAACUCCACUGCUGAUCUGAUCUUGUUAUGAUACACACCACAGGUGUACAGUCGGUCUGUGUAUAGUCCUAGUCCGUUAUUUGGAUUGCAUGCUUUCCUAAAACUAUACUUGGCUGUAUGUAAAUAUUGGCUUUAGCACAAAUUAUCUAACUUAACCAUCUCUUAGUCUGUAUCUUUCAUUCAGUUGCUUUUACAAAAUUACAAAAUAUGUACACAAGAAAAAACCCCAGUAAAUUGUCCAGAAAUAAAUAAUAGAUUAGCCCAAAUAUAGUUCACAUUUUAGAAGAAUAUUAAAAGUUAUGUUGUAUGAUUGAUUAGUUUUAUUAUUAAAUGUUAGUGAAUCCAUUAUUGUUAUACUCCUUACUGUUUGAAAAUUUGAAUAUUAAAAUAAACACUAUAUUGGGAUGAAAAAAUGCAUACGGUAUUGUUUAUUGUACUUUAUAUUUUGGAAAAUGAAUUUUGAUUUCAUCAGCUGACGUCUCUAGGACCAUGUGUUGUACGUAUGAAAGUUGUUGUGUAUAUUUGUUCUAUUAUAGAAAUACUUAUAUUCGUGUACAUGACUGGCAUUUAUAUAUAAUCAUAAUAUACUUUAUUAUAAUAACCCUUUAACAGUUGGACUGUCUGAAACUACUGCUGUCUGUAGCAUCGGAAACCUCCUGAGUGCCGUAAACUAUUUAAGUUACUGGUUCAGUGACUUGGGCAAUUCAGGGAGCAGGAGUUAUAUUCUGUUACAAAAAUGAGUUCCAAGUAUAAAUGUAAAAAAAAAACCAUUACUUUUCUCUAAUUUUUACAGGGAACUGGGGUAGUCGAUAUUUUCAUGUACCAAGUGAAUUCUUUCUUGCCUUCUAAAAUCAGAAAGUAUGGGUUAAAUAGAUUCUGGGGGAAGUUUUAUAAAGGGAUAAACUCUUGUAUGUGUAAAUGUUUACGGUAGCUACAAUAUUCAUGAUACAUGUUGGCUCAUCACUCACCUGGUCCCGAGAUUACAAAACGUUUUUUUUUUUGCUCUACAUUGUGUUUGGGAGGUGAUAGGAACAAAAAAAUGUUCAACAGUCUCGGGACCAGAUGUUGUUAAUAUUGUAUUUUGUCUCAUCUGUUUGAAAUCUUUUAUCUAUCAGUGCUAGAAAUAUUCAGGGUUUUAUUUAUACGUUUAUUCUGAAUAGUAAGUUAAAUAUACAUUUAUGUAUUCGUUAGUUUUAGGGAAGAAGAUGAUUAAUGAUUGUGCUCAUAAAACAAUUAUUGUAUGAAAUGAAUUCAGAAACUGCUCAUAUUUUGAAGUCGGUUAAUAUCUUCAGUCUGUACUCAGAAAUUUAGCUUUUAACCAAUGAAAAUUUAGAAUCCUUAAAAUAAUUUUUGUGAAUAAGACCUUCGUUGAACGUAUAAAUAUUUCUGUUCAACUUAUUGGUAAAAUUCUAUUUCGAACAAUUGUUCAAGUUUGCAUCCCUAGAAGUAAUAAUGUUAUAUUAGAUGUGGUAGAAUUUAUUAGGACUCUUUUAAUGUUAAAUAAAAUUCAUGUAAGGAGCUAAUGGCAACUGUAAGAAUAACGGCACUGUUAAUGAAAACAUAAUUCAACGAAUAUAAUGUCACAUGAAUAAUUGUUGGCUAUAUUUUCCACAUACUUUGUCACAGUUGCCUGUCGAUAAAUAUGCCCUGUUUUAUUUCUAACUUGACUCUUGAUACAUCUUUAUAUAUUUAUUUUAUUAUUUCUGAUAUUGUUUUCAUCUCUGUAUGGUUGAUUGUAUUUAUCCAAGAUUUCCACUCUGUGUAGUAACUAAUUGUUUUUGUUUUUAGUUUUCUUGUGCAAUAAACUUUAAAAAUAUCAA